CCCUACACGGAGGCCUCCCUCUUUUUUGGGGUACGACCAACCCUUCCUACAUUUUCCAAGGAUCGGAGGGGAACCAGGAGGUUGCUGAUGAAAAGGAAGGUGCUGAGGCGCAGACCUGACGGAGGAGUAGAGGUCUCUGACGAGUCAGCGACCAGCGAGCUGGAGAGCGAUGCCGAGGUUUGGGACCUGAGGCAGAAAAUGCUUCAGUUAAGGACCGGUCCAGAGGACAGCAUCUCCGAGGGGGAAAUCGAGACGAGCAGCAGCUCCCUUGACGAAUCCCCUUACCGGUGGUCCCGUGGGGACAGCCCCACCUUUCUCCUUGGGGAUUUCGGGAGCCGGAGCUCUCCCGUGUCUCAGUACAGCGCUGCAGCGGGACAACCCAAGUCCUUCAUUCCUCCACGGUUUGAGCCGCUGGGCCGUAACCGGGGAAAAACCGACCGGGUGGCCAAAUAUUUUGAAUAUAAACGAGAAUGGGAAAAAUUCCGAAUCCCGGGGGAGGAUCAACGGCAAGAACUGCGCUGGGGUAUUCGGGAGCAGAUGCUCUGCAGACCCGAGCUCCCCAGCAAGCCGCAGCACCUCUACGUCCCCAACGAUUACACCGUGCCAACCGAAAAAAAGAGAGCUGCCCUGCGCUGGGAGGUGCGCUGGGACCUGGCCAACGGCCUCAUCCCCAGAAAAAACACUUCCUAG